AUGGCUGCAAAUCACAGGAAGACGAGGAAGACUGGAAACUCUGCAACAGAGAAUCACUUCCUGCUGACGAGAACUGCAUUAUAUAGAGAGCUCUGCCCUCCCAGUACUGGCCUCUCCUCCCAGUACACCCUCCCAUACAGCUUCCCAGCACUGUCCUCUCCUCCCAGUACAGCCUCCCAGUACUGGGCUCUCCUCCCAGUACAGGCCUCUCCUCCCAGUACACCUAGUACAGCCUCCCAGUACUGGCCUCUCCUCCCAGUACAACCUCCCAGUACUGUCCUCUACUAUUCCUCCAUUCCACGCGGUCCAACCGUCCUCUACUAUUCCUCCAUUCCACGCGGUCCAACCGUCCUCUACUAUUCCUCCAUUCCACGCGGUCCAACCGUCCUCUACUAUUCCUCCAUUCCACGCGGUCCAACCGUCCUCUACUAUUCCUCCAUUCCACGCGGUCCAACCGUCCUCUACUAUUCCUCCAUUCCACGCGGUCCAACCGUCCUCUACUAUUCCUCCAUUCCACGCGGUCCAACCGUCCUCUACUAUUCCUCCAUUCCACGCGGUCCAACCGUCCUCUACUAUUCCUCCAUUCCACGCGGUCCAACCGUCCUCUACUAUUCCUCCAUUCCACGCGGUCCAACCGUCCUCUACUAUUCCUCCAUUCCACGCGGUCCAACCGUCCUCUACUAUUCCUCCAUUCCACGCGGUCCAACCGUCCUCUACUAUUCCUCCAUUCCACGCGGUCCAACCGUCCUCUACUAUUCCUCCAUUCCACGCGGUCCAACCGUCCUCUACUAUUCCUCCAUUCCACGCGGUCCAACCGUCCUCUACUAUUCCUCCAUUCCACGCGGUCCAACCGUCCUCUACUAUUCCUCCAUUCCACGCGGUCCAACCGUCCUCUACUAUUCCUCCAUUCCACGCGGUCCAACCGUCCUCUACUAUUCCUCCAUUCCACGCGGUCCAACCGUCCUCUACUAUUCCUCCAUUCCACGCGGUCCAACCGUCCUCUACUAUUCCUCCAUUCCACGCGGUCCAACCGUCCUCUACUAUUCCUCCAUUCCACGCGGUCCAACCGUCCUCUACUAUUCCUCCAUUCCACGCGGUCCAACCGUCCUCUACUAUUCCUCCAUUCCACGCGGUCCAACCGUCCUCUACUAUUCCUCCAUUCCACGCGGUCCAACCGUCCUCUACUAUUCCUCCAUUCCACGCGCUCCAACCGUCCUCUACUAUUCCUCCAUUCCACGCGCUCCAACCGUCCUCUACUAUUCCUCCAUUCCACGCGCUCCAACCGUCCUCUACUAUUCCUCCAUUACACGCGCUCCAACCGUCCUCUACUAUUCCUCCAUUACACGCGCUCCAACCGUCCUCUACUAUUCCUCCAUUACACGCGGUCCAACCGUCCUCUACUAUUCCUCCAUUACACGCGGUCCAACCGUCCUCUACUAUUCCUCCAUUACACACGGUCCAACCGUCCUCUACUAUUCCUCCAUUACACACGGUACAACCGUCCUCUACUAUUCCUCCAUUCCACACAGUACAACCGUCCUGUACUAUUCCUCCAUUACACGCUGUCCAACCGUCCUCUACUAUUCCUCCAUUACACGCGCUCCAACCGUCCUCUACUAUUCCUCCAUUACACGCGCUCCAACCGUCCUCUACUAUUCCUCCAUUACACACAGUACAACCGUCCUCUACUAUUCCUCCAUUACACACAGUACAACCGUCCUCUACUAUUCCUCCAUUACACACAGUACAACCGUCCUCUACUAUUCCUCCAUUACACGCUGUCCAACCGUCCUCUACUAUUCCUCCCUUACACACAGUACAACCGUCCUCUACUAUUCCUCCAUUACACGCGCUCCAACCGUCCUCUACUAUUCCUCCAUUCCACACGGUCCAACCGUCCUCUACUAUUCCUCCAUUACACACGGUCCAACCGUCCUCUACUAUUCCUCCAUUACACGCAGUACAACCGUCCUCUACUAUUCCUCCAUUACACGCUGUCCAACCGUCCUCUACUAUUCCUCCAUUACACACGGUCCAACCGUCCUCUACUAUUCCUCCAUUACACACAGUACAACCGUCCUCUACUAUUCCUCCAUUACACACAGUACAACCGUCCUCUACUAUUCCUCCAUUACACGCUGUCCAACCGUCCUCUACUAUUCCUCCAUUACACACGGUCCAACCGUCCUCUACUAUUCCUCCAUUACACGCAGUACAACCGUCCUCUACUAUUCCUCCAUUCCACGCGGUCCAACCGUCCUCUACUAUUCCUCCAUUCCACGCGGUCCAACCGUCCUCUACUAUUCCUCCAUUCCACGCGGUCCAACCGUCCUCUACUAUUCCUCCAUUACACACGGUCCAACCGUCCUCUACUAUUCCUCCAUUACACGCAGUACAACCGUCCUGUACUAUUCCUCCAUUACACACAGUACAACCGUCCUCUACUAUUCCUCCAUUACACACAGUACAACCGUCCUCUACUAUUCCUCCAUUACACACAGUACAACCGUCCUCUACUAUUCCUCCAUUACACACAGUACAACCGUCCUCUACUAUUCCUCCCUUACACACAGUACAACCGUCCUCUACUAUUCCUCCAUUACACACGGUACAACCGUCCUCUACUAUUCCUCCAUUACACACAGUACAACCGCCCUCUACUAUUCCUCCAUUCCACGCGGUCCAACCGUCCUCUACUAUUCCUCCAUUACACACAGUACAACCGUCCUCUACUAUUCCUCCAUUCCACGCGGUCCAACCGUCCUCUACUAUUCCUCCAUUACAAGCGGCAGCAUCACCUCAGCCUGGACUGACAGCAAGGAAAGAUAA